AAGUGCUAGUGCUAGUCUCAAACAAACCCCCGAGUCUCCCUCCUAUAGUCUACUUCCGCCUGUGUUCCGAAACUUUUUCGUCUUUCCCCCUGUCUACAAAGACUUCGCUCGCAACCCCGGCAAGCUGCUGUCUUGCGAAGGCUUCUCUCCCUUCUCUCUUCCACCCGCCUUCUCCUGGCCAGCACCGAGAUGGCUAUCGAUCACGCGUCCCCUCUCGGACUGAAGAGCAGAGGCGCCAUGGGAGGAGGUGAGCGCGACGACGAGGUGGAGAACCAGGGGUGGCCGCCGUGGCUGAAGCCGCUGCUGUCCACGAGCUUCUUCGUGCAAUGCAUGAUCCACGCCGACGCGCACAAGAGCGAGUGCAACAUGUACUGCCUCGACUGCAUGAACGGCGCGCUCUGCUCCCUCUGCCUCGCCCACCACAGCGACCACCACGCCAUUCAGAUACGGAGGUCGUCGUACCACGACGUGAUCCGGGUGUCGGAGAUACAGAAGGUGCUGGACAUCACCGGCGUGCAGACGUAUAUCAUCAACAGCGCGCGCGUGGUGUUCCUCAACGAGAGGCCGCAGCCCCGCCCCGGCAAGGGCGUCACCAACACCUGCGAGGUCUGCGAGCGCAGCCUUCUCGACUGCUUCCGCUUCUGCUCCCUCGGAUGCAAGAUUGUCGGUACGUCCCGUGGCUAUCUCCCCAGGAAGAAGUACGGUGGCGGCGGCGGCGGUAACAAGAAGAAGAGGGCGGCGCUCAAAGUCGUGCGUUCGGACUCGGAGGAGUCUUGCACCAGCACCAGCGACAAGAGCAGCGUCGUCCAGAGCUUCUCGCUGUCGACUCCGUCGCCGACCUCCGCCGGCUACCGCCCCGGAAACAAGCGCCGCAAGGGCGUCCCGCACCGGUCGCCCUUCGGCAGCCUCAUCGUUGAGUUCUAAGACAAGGUGUCUGUCCUGAACUCCUGAUCAACACUUCGACAAUGUACUCUGUACUGUAUACAUGACAUAGCCAAGAAGGUAAUAACCGCGCGCCCCGACGGCUACCCCUGCUCCUCUGGACGUGGAGGCUGGCCGGCGGCGCAACGACGGCGAAGGGCUCUAGCGGUAAGAACACACGUAGCACUACUAUAGUUUUGCAUCUUUCAGGUUUUAGUUUCGUUACAGUUGCUAGUUACUAGCAGUAGUACCAGUAAGAUAGCUGCUACUUACAGCCUCGUAACCGCGACUAAGUUUUGCAGCCUUGUACAUUGUAAUAUUACAGCACUCUCGAUAUGGUAGAUGCAUAUACAGAUUUACUGUCACAGGGUGGGGUACCAGCAAUCAGUGAGUUGUUCGUAUGUGCAUCAGCCGUGUAAUAAAAAUAAGAAAUACUGUCCCUAAUGGGGCCGGAA